CAAGAUUAGAACAUCUCAAUCUAUCAAAUUCUCACCCUUCUUUGACAAAAAAGGCAGCAAACACUCAACAACAAUCAUGCAUACUUCACGCAUCUUUCUUGCUGUGGCCUUAGCCGCACUCGCAGGAGCACAAGACAUUGACUCGAACGACAUUCCAAACGCUUGCCAAAGCACUUGCAAUGCGCUUGUCAGCUCGACUCAGCAAUGUGACAACUCUACCAGUGGAGACGACGCCUACCUGCAGUGCGUCUGUGGCGCGCAGAACGCAGCCUCAGUCAUCCCAGACUGCGCGAACUGCAUCAAGAACAACGGCGGAGAUGCCGACAAUGAUGCAUUCGAUCUGGCCCGCAAGUGCCAAUUCUCCACGACCUCUUCGGGCACACAGAGUAUGACUUCCACCUCGACCAGCGGACAGUCGGGAGCAUCUAGCACCGCUAACACAGACUCCAGUAUGAGCACUACCGGUUCGGCAGGCUCGACGACUGCUGGCAGCAGCAUGAGUGCUACAGGUGGCGCGGAGUCCACGCCAUCAAGCACCGCCCCUGCUGAUAAUGCGGGCAGCAAGGCCAUGAGUGGUAUGGGCGCUGCUAUUGCUCUGCCGCUGCUCGCAAUUUUGUGAUCAAGCAGGAUUCAGUAUGUAGCAGUCACCAUGUCUGCACCCGCUCUCUUGGGUAAAGACCUGACGAAACGCGCCUCCAAAUAGACCAGCACGAGAAGUCAUCGAAUAUCGAGCGUCAAUGAAGUCCCUAUUGCGUUCUCCCCGACCUUCCGGUGAAAGUGAGCAUGGAAUACUAACUAUAUAGAUGGAAACCUGACGCUAAUGAACUGAUACCGACAUAUGUGAGC